AUGAUGCAAGCAUUUCUUAAAGGAGGUAAAGCUAUAAGCAAACCAACAGUUGGCACCCAGAAAACUGCAAAGGAUAAGAAACAAAGAGAAAAACCGCUACCUUGGGUGGAAAAGUAUCGUCCUAAAAAUGUUGAUGAUGUUGUGGAGCAACAAGAGGUUUGUGCUGUUCUAAGAGAAUCUUUACAAAGCUCAGAUCUACCAAAUUUACUUCUCUAUGGACCUCCAGGUACCGGUAAAACCAGCACAAUUCUUGCAGCUGCUCGUCAGCUCUUUGGAGAUUACUUUAAAGAGCGAGUAUUGGAACUGAAUGCAUCUGAUGACCGCGGUAUUGCAGUUAUUCGUAAUAAAGUGAAAAAUUUCGCUCAACUCAAAGCAAGCUCAACAAGACCCGAUGGUAAACCAUGUCCACCAUUUAAAAUUGUUAUCUUAGAUGAGGCUGAUGCUAUGACUAAUGCUGCUCAAGCAGCUCUACGUCGGACAAUGGAAAAAGAAACUCGAACGACACGUUUUUGUCUUGUUUGCAAUUACGUUUCAAGAAUCAUCGAUCCUAUAACAUCUCGUUGUUCAAAGUUCAGAUUCACUUCAAUUGGUGAGGAGAAAGUUAUAGAAAGACUGGAAUUUAUUUGUCAAGAAGAGAAACUUAAAGUCGAAGACGGUGCUUUGAAGAGCAUAGUUGAAGUGUCUGGUGGUGAUAUGAGAAAAGCAAUCACAACCCUUCAUUCAUGUUAUCGUCUUAAAUGUGGAGUGAAUGAUGAGAAUAUCAUAACACUCAACGAUAUUCUUGAAAUGUCUGGAAUCAUUCCAAAUUGUUAUCUCAUUGAGUUUCUUGACAUUUGCAAAGCAAAAGAUCACAAAAAGCUUGAGACGUUCAUUAACGAAUUUCUAUUUGAAGCUUACAGCGUGUCACAAUUCUUUGACCAAUUGAACGACAUGAUUAUUGCUGAUGAUACCAUAACAAAUGAUCAGAAAAGCGAAAUCUUUGAUAAACUCGGAGAAUCUUCUUUUCGUCUUAUGAAUGGAGGAAGUGAAUUUAUUCAAAUCAUGGACUUUGGUUUCGCAACAAUUCUAGCAUUUAAAAAGAAUAAUGAAUCGAAAUCAUCAGAUCGCUUUCUUUUCAAUCCUGAGCUUUCACUAUCUGUAAAAAACAACACCAUGUUUAAUUUUGCUGCAUUUCCCGAAAUGCGUUUUCCUGACAUGAGGAACUUUAGUCAGAACUACCGAUGCUAUUCUGUGUCAAUGCUUCCAGGAAAUGAGAGAAACGACGUUGAGAACGGAGGAAAAAUCAUAAUGCCACCAUCAGCUUUGGAUCAGUUGACUAGGCUCAAUAUUGAAUAUCCCAUGCUAUUCAAAAUUACAAAUAGGAAAAGUGACCGGCAAACACAUGCAGGAGUCCUUGAAUUUAUUGCUGAUGAAGGAAAGAUUUACAUACCGUUCUGGAUGAUGCGAAACCUUCUGCUGGAAGAAGGAGAUUUAGUGACUAUUGAAAAUGUUUCCCUGCCUGUAGCAACAUUUUCCAAAUUUCAACCGCAAAGUGUAGACUUCUUAGAUAUCACAAAUCCUAAAGCUGUGCUGGAGAAUUGCUUGCGAAAUUUUGCUUGCCUCACAACUGGCGAUUUAGUUGCCAUCAAUUACAAUAACAAAAUAUAUGAGCUGUGUGUACUAGAAACAAAGCCAGGACGAGCUGUGACCAUUAUAGAAUGCGAUAUGAAUGUUGAAUUUGAUGCUCCUGUUGGAUAUAAAGAACCCGAACGGAAACCUAAAGUUGAAGAACAUAUGGAAGUUGAUCCUGCACAGUUCAUCAAUCAUGAUGAUAGUUUCUACACAUUCAAAGGAGAAGGAACACGUCUCGAUGGGAAAAAGAUUAAAGACAAUGCUAAACUUGAUCCGCCUGCUCACAUACUUAACAAAUACGUCCGCGGAGUUCCCGACUAUGAUCACAACAUAUUUGAGCUUAAGUUUGAUCGAAGUAACACAAUGACAGAUUUUGAGUGGCCAUGGGAAUACAAUUUUCCUCCGUUUUUCACGGUUCAGAAAAAUGCGGAAACGAAAAAACAGCAAUUGAUUCGCUGGAAAGAAUUGAUUUUACAGUAUGCUAAAUACAAGAAACAAGCAGUAAUAAACAUAAAUGAUGAUUUAGAGCUAUUCAACAAUAGUAAAAUUAGUCGUAGCCUUGAACGUGAAUCGAGAGAAAUGAUAAUGAAUGAAUUGUGCAACUCAAAGAAUGCGUCACCGGUUGGUAAAAACACUGGAACAUAUGAAAUCUAUUGGUUAACAUUAGAAGAGUGGUCAAAUGUCAUAUAUUCAUGGGCGAUUAACAGCGGAAUGACGAACUCUGUGUUGACUCUCUUUGAACUUAUUAACGACCAUCAAGAUCAAGAAUUUCAUCAGCUAAGUGAACAGGUAUUAGUGAAAGCAUUGCGCCACCUUGAGAGCAAAGGUAAAUGCGAGUUAAUGGAGAUUGACGGUAGUUAUGGUGUCAAAUUCUUUUAAGAGAAAAUAAAAGCUGUUGAAAUUGGAAAAUGAAGAAAAUUUACUUUUUAAGGUUUCUCACGUUCCAGAUUCAUUCUAUUGAUGAAGCUAG